CCCACGGAUGCCAUAUAUCCAGUGGUACUUCAGUGCAAACUAUAUAUACAUGUAGACUGUUGUUUCCUUUUUGUUCACAUCAUCCCCAACCAAACAUGACAAAAUUGCCCGUCGUGCUUUACCAUUAUGACGCGUCACCAUUCGCGACGAAAGUGAAGAAUAUGCUUCUCCUGAAGCAGAUUCCACACAAACGAGUAGCGGUUCCAGUUACUCUUCCUCGCCCAGAGUUGGCCGAGAAACUGGGAGUGACCUAUCGUCGCAUCCCCGUGUUAGCUAUUGGAAACGAUGUGUACUGCGACACCAGUCUGAUCGCAUCCGUACUUGAACGUCGUUUUCCACCUUCGGAGGGGUACAAGUCGUUGUUUCCUCCUAGAAAAGGUGGAGGGAAAGCGGACACAGGCUUGGUGAAAGCCCUCACCAUGUAUUGGACCGACAGGGCGGUGUUCCCUUUGGCAGCAAACUCUUUGCCUUAUAGCAAAUUCCCUCCUGCGUUCAUCAAGGAUCGUUCAGCAUGGUUGGGAACUCAAAUCGACCCUAAAGAAGUCGAAGCUCGCCAUCCCAUAGUCAAGAGCCAAAUUGUCUCGCACCUGUCUUUGAUAGAGGAGCAACUUUCUGACGGUCGGGAAUGGCUCUUGGAUACUGAAACUCCUGGGCUUGCUGAUCUGUCGAGCCACUUUAUCCUGUCCUGGAUAAGGUAUUUCAGAAAUCUUAAGGACCUCUUCGAAAGCGGAACGUUCCCGAGCAGUGUUUCGUGGCUCACUCGUAUCGCUGGGUACAUCGACAAACUGAACAAGGAGAAUGUGGCUCCCUUUGAAGCUAUCGACGCCACAAAAGCUGCGGAGACGAUUUGUUCAGCUCUCUCGUCUGUUCAUGAAUCGGUGGAUUUCGAUGACUCUGAAGCCGGCCGCCUGAAGGUCGAACAGGGUGAGAUUGUUUCUGUCGUCCCUUCAGACAACGCCAAAGUCCCUACUAUCGGUAAAUUACUUGCCCUCAAUCGCGAGCAGGUCGUGAUAGAGACUAGGGGCUCUGUUGGGACUGUUUUGUGUCAUUUUCCCAGACUGGAAUUUGCUGUGGAGGCGCAAUCUCAGGCAAAGUUAUGAGCUUAUUCCAAAUCUUCACGUAUCCCUGUACUUUUGUCCUUCAUUGCGUUUGCAUUUGUAUGUAAUAACACCGGAGUAACUACGAGUCAUGUUCUUGCAGAG